CCAGGUUGUUCAUAUCUACGAAGCUAUCAAACGAUGGCUCUUCGUUCACCGUCGCUCCUCUUCAUCUUCUCUCUGGCCUUCUCGUUCAUCGCAUUUUCACAUCCAAAACCCUUUAUAGUACUCCACGGCAUAAAUAGUGAUUGCUCCAGCCAUGGAGUUUCCAACAAUCGUGGAGAAAUUGACCAACUUCUCUGGUGUUGAAGGACAUUGCAUAGAGGCAGGCAAUGGAGUUUCUGAUUCAUGGUUGAUGCCCAUGCACAGACAGGUCGAGAUUGUUUGUCAGAAGGUCAAGGAAAUGAACAUAUUGCGUGAGGGAUACAACAUUGUUGGGCUCUCCCAGGGCAAUAUAAUUGCUCGUGGUGUUAUAGAAUUUUGUGAUGGGGGUCCUCCGGUUAACAAUUACAUCUCUUUGGCAGGCCCCCAUGCCGGUCUUGCCUCAGUUCCUGAAUGCGGCUCAGAUGCCCUAUGCAUUAUUGUAGGCCAACUGCUCAAAUUAGCGGUUUACAGUGACCUUGUUCAAGAACACUUGGCUCCUAGCGGUUAUCUUAAAAUACCAAAUGCAAUCCAUGAUUACUUGGAGAAAUGCAGGUUUCUUCCUGUGCUUAACAAUGAACACCCAGAUACCAGGAAUUCCACUUACAAGGAAAGACUGAGUAGCUUGGAGAACUUGGUGCUUAUCAUGUUUGAGAAUGACACAGUAUUAAUACCAAAGGAAACUUCCUGGUUUGGAUAUUAUCCCGAUGGAUGCUUCGAGCCGGUUUUAUCUCCAAAUCAGACAAAACUUUAUAGAGAGGACUGGAUUGGGCUGAGAAGCAUGGACGAAGGUGGGAAGGUCAAAUUCGUAAGUGUAGGGGGAGAUCAUCUGGAAAUGUCAGAUGGAGAUAUGCACAAAUAUGUAGUGCCUUACUUGAAGGAGCAUGCCGUUGCCUCCCGGAAGCCGGGACCCUGACUUCGACCAACUUGUUCGGGAGCCUCUAGGCCAUGCCUGAUUUAUUGUUAAACCCUCUUGAUUUAACCAAUGAAAUUAUGUUUUGUCAGUCAAAAAACUAUACUUGUCCUCUUAAAAUAUAAAAUAUUUUUCACAUAA